AUGUCAGUCACGGAAGAGGAACAGAAAGCAAACUGGGUUUGGAGCAACAGACCGGAGCUUAUCCAGAGCAUCUAUUUAGUGAUGCCCAUUGCUGACCAGCUGCUCAAGAGGAACAUGCUCCAUAAAGAGAUGUACGACCAAAUCAGGACCACCAAUACGAGCCAGGAUCAGAUGAGAGAACUCUUUGGAGCACUGAAUACUGUGAAGGCAAAAGCUGCUUUCUAUGAAAUCCUCAGAGAAACUCAAUCUGAAAUAUGUCAAAAUGAUGAAAUAAUUAGAGAUAUCAUCAAAAAUAACAAAGACUCCUUGAGAAAAAAUUGUAAAUGGGAGCGAGAAGAUAACAAUAAAAGUAAGUCAUUGUACCAAAUCUACACAGAGCUUCACAUUGUUCAAGGAGAAAAUGAACAUGUCAAUAAGCAACAUGAGAUUUGGCAAAUUGAAGACAAGUUUAGAACUCAAGCAACAGAAGGAAUUAAGAUACACUGCAACAAUAUCUUUCAAAGCACACCAGAAAUGAGAGCCAUUAGAGCAGUGAUGACCAAAGGAAUUGCUGGAAUCGGUAAAACUGUGUCUGUAAAAAAGUUCAUUCUUGACUGGGCAGACGGAAAAGCGAAUCCAGASCUGGACUUCAUCUUCAUGAUUCCAUUCAGGGAGCUUAAUUUGGUCAAAGAUGAUGAGUUCAGCCUUGAGACUCUUGUUAAAGAAUUCCAUCCUGAACUCAAGAACACAGCAGUCAAUAAAAUAUUUGAUAAGUACAAGGUUUUGUUCAUUUUUGAUGGUCUAGAUGAAAGUCAGCUUAAACUGAACUUYCWAAMAACKAAAAGAUUGACAGACCCAACAAAGGAAUCAUCCRUAGACAUCCUGGUGACCAAUCUCAUUAGGGAACAUCUUCUGCCCUCUGCACUCGUCUGGAUAACUUCAAGACCAGGAGCCAUUCAGCGCAUCCCCAAAGAACACAUCUAUCAAUGGACCGAAGUCAGAGGUUUCAAUGAUCCACAGAAAAUACUGUACUUCAGGAACAGAGUUCAGAACAAAAUGGUUGCUGAAAAGAUAAUUGAUCAUAUUAAGAACUCGCGAAGCUUAUUUAUCAUGUGUCACAUACCCAUCUUCUGUUGGAUUGCCUCAGAGGUUCUUGAGUACUUGUUUUUAAAAAAUAGCAACAUCCCAGAGAAAAACACAAAAAUACCCACAACUCUAAUGGAAAUGUACACACACUUCUUUUGUACUCAGAUGAAGACAGCUGCUAAGAAAUAUGGCAAGGAAAACGAGUUAGAUAUCAUUGAACUAUUCAAAUUGAAUGAAGAGUUCAUCUUCAAACUGGGCAGGAUGGCAUUUGAAAAACUGAACAAAGGAGAAAUCAUAUUCAGUAAAGAUGACCUGAAGAGUUAUGACAUUGACAUAGAGAAAGCUGGAGUCUGCUGUGGACUGUGUACUGCAAUAUUCAAAGAAGAGAGUAUCUUUCACUCAAAGAAGCUUUACUGCUUUGUGCAUUUGACAAUUCAGGAGUACUUUGCUGCUCUCUUUGUGUACAGAAGCUUUGCAAGUAAAACAAUCGAUUCUCAAAGCCUCAAAGAUUUCCUUCUGAUAGGAUCUGAGGAAGAGCUGAAGACAAUCUUGGAAGUUCACCCAGUUGAUCUGCCAUUGGAUGAGCUAAUGGAAAUUGCUAUAGCUAACUCAACUUUGAGGAAGACAGGAGAACUGGACAUGUUUCUUAGGUUCCUCAUUGGCAUGUCCUUAGAGUCGACUCAAAAUCAGCUUCMAGGCCUCAUUCAGCAAACRGAGRACCACUCUGAAGUUGYAGARRMKAUCAGGACAWRYMUARMAGAMAUKGAUYUWWWKGACUGCUCUCCAGACAGAUGUAUGAACCUGGUUCACUGUUUGGCUGAACUGAAAGAUGAUUCCCUGUAUGACAGUGUKAGGCAGUUUCUGAAUCCAAAUCAAUAYCCAGAAACAGAGCUCACCCCUGUUCAGUGUUCAGCUUUGGCUGACUUAAUGCUAAUGUCAACUACACCUAUAGAGGAAUUUGACCUGACGAAAUACACAACAAAAAUUAAAGGCAGUUUCAGGAUUAUCCCAGCUGUGAGGAACUGCAGAAAAGCCAGAAUCUCAGGUGUUUAUCUCAACUCUGCUCUGUGUGAAGUAAUCUCAUCUGCUUUGCGGAGUCCUCAAUCUCCUCUGACGGAACUAGAUCUGACGAAAAAUAGACUUGGGGGUAAUGCAUUUGAAAUCUUCAUUGAAGGACUGAAAAAUGCAGAGUGCAAAUUAGAGGUUUUCAGUCUCAGCCUCUCAGCGACUGGACUAUCAGAGGAGUCACCCAGAAAUCUGGCAUCAGCUUUAAAGCCAAUGAUCUCAAAUCUAAGGGAGUUGGAGCUGAGUGAAAACAUACUGAUGGACUCAUUACUCACUGUGAUCGCUGAUGCACUACGUUGCAGAAAGCUGGAGAAGCUCAGACUAAAUCAAAACUCUAACAUUACUGAGAUCUGCAAGGAGAUGGCGACUUCAUUCUCAUCCCACUCCUCCAACCUGCAAGAGCUGGAGCUGAGUUAUACAAAUUUCAAAGACUCAGAAAUGGAGAUCCUGUCAGCUGGACUGAUGAGUGAUAGCUGUAAACUGGAAACACUGAGGAUUAGUCACAACAAGCUCACCGCAGAAGGCUGUGAGACACUGGCUUCAGCUCUCAGCUCCAGACCUUCUCCUUUGAGAGAGUUGGACCUGAGCUACAAUGACCUACAUGAUGCUGGAGUAAUGAAGCUGUGCAAGGCUUUGGUGAAACCAAACUGCACUUUAGAAAAACUAAGGCUAUCAUUCUGCAAAGUGAAAGAGGAUGGAUGUUACUCACUUGCAUCUGCUCUGAUGUCAGACCACUGUUGUCUCAGAGAGCUGGACCUGAGCUUUAAUCACCUGACAGAUCAUGGAGCUAAAAUGCUAUCUGAAAAACAGAGGGAUCCACACUGCAGACUUGAAUGUCUCAAUGUGGACCACAAUGAAGAAUUUUGGGUUAACCUGAAGCUGCUGAGGCAGUAUGCCUGUGACUUGACACUGGACACCAAUACAGCAGGAGCUGCUAUCAUGUUGACUAAAAACAACAAAAUGGCAAGUUACUGCGAUGAGGAGCUUUCAUAUCCUGAUCAUCCAGACAGAUUUGGCAUUUCUCAAGUGCUUUGUAUUGAAGGCCUGACUGGUCGUCAUUACUGGGAGGCUGAGUGUUAUAUGAGCUCCGACAUUGAUGUGGGAGUGGCGUAUAAAAGUAUUCCUAGGCAGGGAGACUGUUCCAGUGAAAUUUCUCUGGCAGGAAAUGAAAAAGCGUGGUCAUGGAAUACCACCGGAUGUUUUUAUCACAAUAAUUAUUGUCAAACAUUUCUGAAGUCGGACACAUGCAGCAUAGGGAUAUAUCUGGAUUGGCCGGCAGGUGUUUUAUCAUUUUUUGAUGUUUCUCGUGAUGCAGUGACGCAUCUGUACACUGUACAUACAACUUUUACUGAACCCCUACAUCCUGGAUUUGGUCUGACUUCUGGAUCAGUUUGCAUAAAAGAAAAA